AUGGGUGAUCGACGGUCCGACUCUUACGACGGUGAGGUGAAAGAAGCAGAUGUGGUGAUUGGCGGGAAGAAAAUCGAUAGUAAAACCGCGCAACAGUUAUCGUCAUCCGGUCGAAGAGCUCAAGACACGAGAAUCGAGAACAAACCAAAUAGAUCCUUGAAUGGAGCUGGUGCGAAGGUGGCUGCUGAGCUCGCUCGUGAAAGAAUGGCAAAAGAAGCGAAAGGAGAACAACAGAGAAAGUAG